CUCAUCACAUGGUCAUGACGUCACCACAGGUCCUUUGCCCCUCCAGCAGCUAGCAGCUCCGUCAGGCGAAGAGUGUGUGGGUUCUAUGGGCGCCGGGUCCGGAGCAGAGUGACGUCACAGAGCUGCCACCAUGUCAGAAUCUGACAUCCUCCACUUCCGGUUUGAACAGCAAGGAGAUGUCGUCUUACAGAAGAUGAAUAUUCUCCGAGAACAGAACCUGUUCUGUGACGUUUCUGUAUAUAUUAACGACGCUGAGUUUCAUGGACAUAAGGUUGUGUUUGCCGCUUGCUCUACCUUCAUGAGGGAUCAGUUUCUACUGAAUCAGUCUCGGCAGGUGCGGAUCACUAUAUUGCAGAAUGCAGAAGUGGGACAAAAACUGCUCCUUUCCUGUUAUACCGGGGUCCUGGAGGUGAGAAAAAAAGAGCUUCUGAAGUAUCUGACGGCGGCAAGUUACUUGCAAAUGGUUCACAUUGUUGAAAGGUGCACGGAAGCUCUCUCACGUUACCUACAGAGCGAGACCUGUGAGAGUGACGAGACGCUUCAUCCAGGUAAGAGUCCUUCUUGUUCUACUGAGGAGGAUCCUGCGAAGGGUCAGGAUAAAGACUGUGAGAUCAUUGAACUCUCAGAGGACCUAGAUUACCAGGUUAAGAAGGAAGGAAAUAAUGAAGCGGAGCUGCACAGCUUGGAACCGGAGAAGAAUGAUCUGCCCUCAGUGGAAAUUGACUACAAAGACGGUGAUAUCUGCGUUUUUAGGAUGGGCUCCAUGUCUGAUCAUGAGAACCAUUUGGACAGUGAGCAGUUCUCUCAGCCUUGCACAUCUUCUAAAUCCAGCAUGUACUUUUCAGACACGCAGCAUUCCAUGAUUAACUCCACCGUGGAAAACCGCAUGAGUGAUUUACCCCCCGGCCACUUCCAGAACUUUCAAGAAGGAGGGAAUCCAUCUUCUGGUAUCAUUCAUGGUCUUCAGAGUCCUGCAGAGGGAGUCUGUUCCUGGAGACAUCAGUGCCCUAAGUGCCCACGCGGGUUCCUGCAUCUGGAGAAUUAUCUGCGCCACUUAAAAAUGCAUAAGCUCUUCUUGUGCUUGCAGUGUGGAAAAACCUUCACCCAGAAGAAGAAUUUGAACAGACACAUCCGCGGACACAUGGGUAUUAGGCCGUUUCAGUGCUCUGUAUGUCUGAAAACGUUUACUGCUAAGACUACCUUGCAAGACCAUCUCAAUAUCCAUAGCGGGGACCGUCCCUACAAGUGUCAUUGUUGUGACAUGGAUUUUAAGCACAAGUCAGCCCUGAAGAAACAUCUCAGCUCCGUUCAUGCAAAAAGUGGAGAUAAACCAGGCUUGGACUCCAUUACAAAAAUCACUAUAGAUUACAAUUAGCCUCCUCUAUAGAGUGUGUAAAGGGUUUCUCACCUCUCCACUCUCCACCGGCUGUGUUUGGUUUUACAGUUUCUUUCAGCUUGGUUUAGGCUGGAGUAUCAGACACGGCUAGUGGACAAGGGAAGCACUGUUUCCGGGGAAAACCUUCUCAUGUAACCUCUGUAAAGACUAUGGCCACCUUUUGGUGACUUUUUAUUAUUGCAUUCUAUUUAUUUUGGGAUGUUUUCUC